AUGUUUUCCGUAUUAGUUAUGGUCGUUGUUUACCAAAAGAAUCCCAUGCAUACUUUAGAAGUUUCCGUUUUCCUUUUCUUUCUUUUUUACAGUAUGGGGUCAGUCAGUAUUGAACUUUACUGGGAUCACGCACCAAAAACAUGUAGAAAUUUUGCUGAAUUAGCUCGCCGUGGUUACUACAAUAAUACCAUUUUCCAUCGGAUAAUAGCUGGCUUCAUGGUUCAAGGAGGAGAUCCAACGGGGACUGGCCGCGGAGGAGCCUCUAUAUACGGUGAUGUCUUUCCCGAUGAAAUUGAUGACAGACUGAAGCACACAGGUGCUGGUGUCAUUUCUAUGGCUAAUGCUGGUCCAAAUACCAAUGGAUCUCAGUUCUUUAUAACUUUAGCCCCUGCACAACAUCUCGAUGGCAAGCACACUAUUUUCGGAAGAGUUGCUGCUGGAAUGAAGGUUGUUCAGAGGAUGGGAAUGGUUGAUACAGACAACAGUGAUAGACCUAAAAGUGAAGUCCGACUAAUCAGGGCAACGCCUCGUGAUGACUCCAGGAUUUAG